UCUGUGCACGUCCAGUUCUUUGCCCAAAACACAUGUUCACGCACGUUCAUCACCGUACAACAAAGCGACGAUGGUGUAUAUUCAUGCUCAAGCACACCGAUCUGUUUCCCCGGUUGGACACCAAAAACCUCCACAAAGUGGUUACUAGACUUAGGUCCUGGAUACGGAGGAGGUUGAACAUUAUGCUCCUUACAUCCCUACGAUUUUCGAGUCAUUUUUGGAGAGGUACAAGCAUCCAUGCACCCGGCCCGUGCCCGGUUUAGCUGUGUUGUACUUCAGUGUAGUAAGGCUACCAAUUGAGCCGGGUGUUUACUCGCCACACUGCAUUUUCAAUGCCACUGCAGGUCUACCAACAUCGGAAUUAAAUCUUGGAUGAGUGAAAUUAUAGACCUUCUCAGUUCUAUCUGGAAUUUAUAUCUCGGAACUAGUUUUGUCGUACUAGAACAUCGGGAUAACCAUCUGUUCGCAGGAUUAUGUACUAUAUGGACGGUUGUUCCAAGUUAAGUUGCUAUUCUGGACAGCAGGGAAAUGUAGGAAACCUGUGUGAUUUAUUGUCUAAAUUGCAGUUUCUUCAAAACUCAACUUCUAGCCGAGACGAAACAAGGUCCUGGCCUAAAUUCGUUCAAAAACUGACGAUAUUGGAGAUUGAUCAUCGUACAAGAUGGCAUCGACAGAUUUGAGUCCUUCCAGUGAUGACACCAAUGAGCUAGUCAGUGACAGAAAUGACCACAAUCUUGACACAAACCUAUCAACUUACCACAUCGCCCCAUACAGCAGUCCCAACAAGAACCAGAUCCCUAGGAACCUCGAACCAGAGCCGAGUAAACCUGGACCUUCUAGUGUCGCUCGUCCAUCCUGUUCUAGUUGGUCCCCCCAAUCAGAGUUGCCUUUCAGGUCAAGAACAAACCGCACCGCAAUGGUAGCUUCUGAGAUAGACCGAACCAAUACCUCAAGUCCCUCGUCAGAAUCAUCCUUAGGAGAGUCAAGAUCUCCUGACGUCAUUUGGCGAGAUGACUCGCCUGAAAGAGCAUGUGGAGGUAACAUUCCCACCAGGAUGUUCUCCAACACAUCUCGUCAGAGAAAGAGAGCUUGUUCAGAUGACUUUCACUAUAGUAAACAUGCAAAGUUGAUGCACAAAUAUGAUAGCUGCGUCUCUGACAUGUCCGAAUUCUCCCCGGAUUCAGCCAAUUGCUCUACACAAACCUCACUGAAGGAUGACUCAAAUGGAAGUGGGCUGAACGGUCAUAGUUCCAGCGGGAUGAACAGUGACCAGGAAAAGCAGGAAAAGAUAUCCCAGGCCACCUUUGACAAAGUCCUGAUUGAUGCUAACCAGCGGAGGCACAUCCGAAAUAAGGCCCGGAACACAGGCACAGACUCUGGUUCAGACUCGAGCUCUGGGAACAUGUGCUUGGACAUGACGAUGACAAGUCACAUGACUGAUGUAGUUGGUACUUCACAAAAGUUAGACAGUACAACCUCUGAAUCCUCAGGCAUUGGAGCCAACUACAUGUCGUCAGCUCAGUGUGAUUUCCAGUUACCCAGAUCUACAAUCAUGGCUGGUGGUGUCACUAACAGUAGCACUGGUGUGUCAACCAUGUACAAUAGCCAAGGAAAUAAAGUCUCUGACGAGAGCAAACAAGAAAGUAUGUCCAGUGGCAGCAGUGGAGCGCGUAAGAGACAUGUCCCAUGGUCAAUAGCACGCUAUUAUUAUCAAACGAAACGACCUCCACUUUCCCAAGAUGUGUCAGUUGAUGGUGAUGAAGGUAACAUAGAAAUGAAUAAUUUACCAAGCAGGCGUAUUGGACAACCUGAGAGGAAGCGGAAGCGGUUUCAUAGGACUUUCACAGCACUAAGACAAUGUGGCCUUUUAGAUCUCACAAUGCAAACUGCUUCUUUGAUGGAGCAAAACUCAAAGCUCCAGAAGCAGCUUGGUGAGCUGCACCGUCAGGCCCACCUCAUGUAUCAUACUGUGAGUCAUUUUUCUAAAAUUCAACCAAAUGUGUUUGGUAGUCCUGAAGCACAGAAAGUCAUGGACGGACUAAAGGCAAUGAUGGACAGAAAUCCAGUGGAGGACAUUGAUAUGUCUAUGUUUGAAUCCUUGUCGGGUUCAAGAGACUCUCCUGCAGUGGAGAGUGGGACAUAUACGAUGAGUAAUCAGAUUCCAUCCGUCUCUGUGGAAUCCUCAGAGAGAUCCGGUGCAUUGAGGAUUCCUGAUCAUCAAGGCCCAAGAAACAGUUCUGACAGUGCCAUUCAAUCAUCAAUCAACACAUCAACAUCCUCACCAAGUGAAAAAUCGGGACAGUAGUAGAUUAUUGUGUAAUGGUAACUGUUUCUGUGAACUCAUUGUGUUGUUGUAUUAGCUGUUAGUAGAUAUUUUCAUCCUGUGAGGUGAUUUGAAAGUUUUCUGCUUCCUACACUUUCUAAGGAUUAUCCCCUCAUUAAAGAAGAUUUGUUGAAAGGUCACACCCUAAACUAUCUUCUUGAUGUAUGCAAUAUUACAUUUCUUUUAUAUUAACAAAAAAAAACUUGGUAUCCAAAGGCAAACUACAGAAAUGGGUGGUUUGAUCCCAUUGAAAACGUUCUCCAUACACGCUGCAGGAUGUCUUACUUAAAAUCUAACCUCUUGUUUCAUAAGCUCAUUGGCUAAAGUAACUGAAAUAAAAAUGUGUACAUUUCCAUAGAAGUCUCUCAGAAUAUGGAAAGAAUAAAUGUUUGUACAGUUACCAUGCAAAGUCUGUAUUCGUUUCCAUUAAAAAAAAAAAGUAAUGGUCUUGAGGCUGGAUUUAGAGGUAUUUUCCUCUUGUUACUUUUAAGUAUAAAAGACAAUUAAUUUUAAACAUAACUGAAAAAAACCGAAGUUGUAGUGUUUGUCUUUUACAAUAAUUUUUGUUAUAGGUACUUCCGUUACUCUUUUGAAAUAUAUAUGAUUAAUAAUGAGUUCUGCCAGACUAAAAAAAAAUUGAAAUGGAUUUAAUGGCACAUAUCUGUGUGACGUUUAUAUCUAAACAAGGACAUCCGUUUUUUUUUUUCAAGAUAAGUAUAGAACGAUACAACGAAGCCAUGUUUGUACACGUGUGUAGCAGGCCUAAACAAUGCUCUAAGUAAUUGUUGACUCUUUGCAAUGUCCAAUGAUAUUAAUAAAUUUAAAGAAAUGUUAAAAGCGAAUUCCAGUUUAAGUCGGCAGUAAGCCCAGUUAGUCAUGUAAUAUUUGAGUGCAUGUGAGAUAUUGUGGAGCAUUCAUUCGUAUCUACUUAUCUUGCUGUUUACCGUAUUUAAUCCGUACAUGCUCGUGUACCAGAGUUUGAGUUUCUUUCGAAGUGUAUCGUAGGAGAAUCCAUGACAGUAUGUCAAGACCCAAUUCUUUCUCAACUCCCCAAGUAUUAAGUACUACGAUAGUGGAUAAUGCAAGUUAAUUCAUGUUUCAAUGCUUCAGAAUAUCCCGGAGUACGGGGAAACUUUCUCCACCCACCAAUUUCUUUGAAAAUGCAAGUCAAAUCACAAUUGAGAGCUGAGAGGCUUUUUUUUCGAAAGUUGGUAGACGGGACAGCAUCGGGACCUUUUGACUCUGGACAACGAGAUAUUGGCGAUUGUUAGUCCGGUGCAAAUCUUCGGACGAUCCGCUGUCCCAGUCCACCAACUUUCGACAAAAGCCUCUCGGCUCUCCAUUGUGAUUUUUACUGCAUCUUCAAAAGAAUCGAUGCGUUGUAGAGCGUUUCCCGUAGAAAAUGGCGAAAACUACCUAAUGUUUUGGAAUAACGAAUCUUUAGAUUUCAGAAUAAUGAAUCUUCACACAAAGUAACGAGCAUAUAUCCGACAUUUAAAGGGUAGGCCUAUAGUGAAUACUGAAUGUUUCUUUUAUGUCGCUGCAAUGUAUAUAUUCACUUUCUUGAAGGUUGGUUAGAAAGGUCAUUCUUUUGUUACAUUUUGCAUUUUCUAAAAUAAAAACCCCAAGCGUAAGUAGUGGUAUUCAUAAGUUGAUAUUGGGUGAAAAGUUUUGAAUUUUAUCAUGAUAAGGUAAUAGGAAUACAAGCAAGCUGAUUCCUUUCUUAUCCAGCUAGAUUGCUAAAUUAUUCCUUUGAAGUCAAUUUAAAGGUUGGAAGAGAUUUGUCAACCUAGCUGUUUUUGCGAUUCCGAUUUUAUUAUGGCCGCUCAUUGCUGAUAUUUAAUGAUGGCUGGACACUCAAUUAUUUAUAUUUAUAGCUUUCACUACCAAUUAAAUAUUUUUUUGUACCAAGAUCCUUAAUCUGUAAGACUAAGAUGAUUACAACCUUGCCAAAUAGGUAGAAAGUCUGAAGCAUUUUAGUGGUUCCAGAUAAUCUGUUUUUGAUUGUCUUUGCAUCCAUGUAUUUUCUUAACUGCAAGCAUACAAUGUUGUACAUAGAUUAAAUUAAAAACUCUAACUUUCAAUAA